AGGGGAAGACAGUCAGUCACUUUACUACUGUCUUCCCGAGAAGACUCAGCCUGCGCUCUUCCCGGGACAAACUUCCAACGAGGGGACCAGCGGCUGAAGAAAGAGGGUAACUGAGAGCGGGACUCGUCAGUCCAUCAGCUCGGUUCAAGGACUUUUCCCUAAACCCCUAACGCCUGAGGAUGGAAUUCUCAUCUGAGUACAGCAACUCCCAGAGCAGUAGCACUGUCUCCAGCAUUCAUCGGUCAGUCUUCUGCAACAUUAAGGUGUUUGUGCUCUGCCAUGGGCUCCUACAGUUGUGCCAGCUCCUCUACAGUGCCUACUUCAAGAGCAGUCUCAGCACCAUUGAGAAGCGUUUUGGACUCUCCAGCUUCUCUUCUGGCUUUAUCUCCAGUUUAAAUGAAAUCAGUAAUGCUACCCUCAUCAUCUUCGUCAGUUACUUUGGCAGCCGUGUCCACCGGCCCAGGGUCAUCGGCAUUGGGGGCCUCCUGCUGGCCACAGGAGCUUUCCUUCUCACUCUCCCUCACUUCCUUUCAGAACCAUACCAGUAUUCUGAUAUCAGUGUGGGAAACAGCAGCCAGUUUCAUGUGAUGUGCCAAAAGAAUAAGCAAGACUUUGUUCCCAGUAAGUGUCAGAAUGUUCUUCAGGAUUCCAAGAAGACCAGUAGCAUGUGGGGUAUGAUGGUGGUGGCUCAACUAUUGGCUGGCAUUGGGACGGUCCCGAUUCAACCCUUCGGUAUCUCCUAUGUGGAUGAUUUUGCUGAACCAUCUAACUCACCUUUAUACAUUUCAAUUUUAUUUGCCAUUGCUGUGUUUGGACCAGCUUUUGGGUAUCUACUGGGGUCAGUUGUGUUGCAGAUCUUUGUGGACUAUGGAAGGGUUAACACAACUGCUGUAAACCUGACUCCUUCAGAUCCACGAUGGGUUGGAGCCUGGUGGUUAGGCCUGCUCAUUGCCUCAGCCGCCUUGAUAAUUGUAUCUUUCCCAUUUUUUUUCUUCCCACGAAGCAUGUCCAGAAGAAAUAAGAUAGCAGCUGCCUCGUCGGAUGAGGUGAGGAAGAUGGAGGAAAGCAAGUCCCAAAGUUCCAUGACAGAUUUCAUUAAACGGUUUCCCCACAUUUUUGUGAGACUUCUGAUGAACCCCCUGUUUGUCUUGGUGGUCCUGGUACAGUGCAGCUUCUCCUCAGUCAUCGCUGGCCUUUCUACUUUCCUCAAUAAGUACCUGGAGAAAGAGUACGGCACCACCGCAGCCUAUGCCAACUUUCUCAUCGGCUCUGUGAACUUGCCAGCGGCUGCCUUGGGGAUGCUCUUCGGGGGAAUCCUUAUGAAACGCUUUGUUUUCUCCCUUCAUACCAUCCCCCGUUUGGCUGCGAUCAUCAUCACCAUCUCCAUGAUCCUCUGCAUUCCGUUGUUCUACAUGGGCUGCCCCACACAAACCAUUGAGAAUGUUAAUUUGAAAAGAACAGUGACUGGGGAAUCACCAGAAUGUCUCAAAGAGUGCUCCUGUUCUGAUUCCGUCUUCCACCCUGUCUGUGGGUCCAAUGGUAGAGAAUACCUCUCCCCCUGCCAUGCUGGUUGCACAAACUACAGCAUGGUGAUGGCAAAACAAGUGAAUUAUUUCAACUGCUCCUGUAUAGGUGACAAUAACUCUUCAGCCAAGACAGGUUCAUGUCCAGUCUCUUGUGCUCACUUGUUGCUCCCCACCAUCUUCCUCAUCUCAUUUGCCUCACUGAUUGCCUGCAUUUCCCACAAUCCUCUCUACAUGAUGGUCUUGAGGGUAGUGAAUCAAGAAGAAAAGUCAUUUGCUAUAGGUGUCCAGUUCUUACUGAUGAGGCUGUUGGCUUGGUUGCCUGCACCAGCCUUGUAUGGCCUGACUUUUGAUUAUGCCUGCAUUUGGUGGAUGAAAUUGUGCUCAGGGAAGAAAGGGGCCUGCGCUUAUUAUGACAACCAAUCUCUUCUCAACAGCUACUUGGGCCUGCAGGUUGGUUACAAAGCCAUAGGCUUGUUUCUGCUCAUCAUCCUCAGCUGGCGGGUGAAGAAAAACAAAGAGUAUGACUUACAGGAAAAAGCAUCUGAGCUGAUUUAGCAUUCCUCAUUUACUCCAGCUAUUACCUCCAGGAGACCUGGACUCCAAGCCGCCACCCUCUCCUUACUUCCCAGCCCCCCAAAACUGGCAUUUACUAAAGUUAACAUAUAGUUUUUCUUUUUUUUAUAAUUGGGAAGGAAAAGAGAGAAACUGACCAUUUUUUACUCUUUCAAAAACUUGCUCUCCUUAACCAAGCUCUGCAAAUAUGUAUCUGAUCUGUACUACCAUAUCACCUGUGGCCAAGAAUUCUCUGGCUUCCAUGGGAGCUAGCCAAGGGCUGACCCUUUUAAGAACUCUCACCAUCAAUCAGUCACUUCUCAGGAUAUGACCAGGACUUUCUGCAGUAUUCUGGAAUCCAAGGAGACAGAGUUUGGGCCCCCAAAGAAGGGAAAUACAAAAUGAGGCACAAGUAGAGACUCUGGCUACCAUGGAUAUAGGACACUGACCUUCCUCUUGGGACAGGGGCCAGGGACCAUGAGGAGAAAUACUUGGCUGGUAACACGGAAUGGUUGUCAAGCUUUCCAAAGGAAAUAAAGAAAGGAAUAUGUUGAUACCUUUGCAAGUAGUCUCUUAGGAUUUCAUAUUUUGGCUACGGUAGGUGCACGGGACAUACCACAUCCAAGGACCAUAAAGAGAAAGGAACUGUGUUGAGAUAGGAAUAAUGGACUGGCUUGGGAGGAAGUGGGAACAAGAGUCCGUCCUUGUUUUCUAACCAGGCUUCCCAAACAGGUUCUGAAUUAAUCUUGAUGAGGUACCCACCUGUUCACCAACAAGCGUGUGUCCAUUUCAUUGUUAAAGAUUUCCAGUUGUUGUCCAUGUGCCCUGUGAAAAAUAUUUUACCUCUUAUUUUUCCACUCUUUGUUCUAACAUGUUAGGGUGUACCUUAGAAGCCACAGAUUUGGGGGAUGGAAAUUGGCUCUGCAGGUGACCUCAGUUUUUCUGCUUCAAUUUCAUUUAACUUCCUUGUGUGCUGCCCUCAACAGAAAAGGAAAAUGGCCGACUAUCAAAAAUACUGGAAGAAUUGGUAGCAAGUUCUCCUUCCCUGUACCUUUCUAGUGCCAGGAUGAUUAUUUGUCAUUAUUUUAUUGUUAGUUAUUUAAUGUGUUACCCUGUUCAUAGUGUUCUAGCAUCUUACAAGUGUAAUAAAAGAUGGGCAUAAACUUCA